GAGGUGAGAGGGUGACGCCUCCUCCUCCCCAGCCUUCCCCCAUGGUGGGGUUUGGGGCCAACCGGAGGGGUGGCCGUCUCCCUUCAUUCCUUUUUGUGGCUCUGCUGCUCGUCAUCGCUUUCCUGGCCUUCAACUACUGGAGCACUUCAUCUCGCCAUGCUGUUCUGCAGGAGGAAGUGGCCGAGCUGCAGGGCCAGGCCAAGCGGAGCGAUGUUGCCCGCGGGCGCCUGGAGAAGAGGAACUCCGAGCUCCUGCUGCAGGUGGAGUCGCACAAGAAACAGCUGGAGCAAAAGGAGGUGGACCACAGCCACCUGAGCGGCCAGCUGCAAGCCAAGGAUGGGCAGAUCAGGAAGUGCGAGGAAAGCAAGGUCAAGCUUCAGAAUAACAUAUCCUACCAAAUGGCGGACAUACAUCGCUUGAAGGAACAACUUGCGGAGCUACGACAGGAAUUCAUCCGUCAAGAAGACCAGCUUCAUGAAUACAAGAGCAACAAUACACAGCUUCUUAAAAGGCUGGAGUAUGAAAGUUUUCAGUGUGGGCAGCAGAUCAAAGAACUGAGGCUGCAGCAUGAAGAAAAUCUGAAAAAAUUAGAGGACCAUGUUUUACAAGAGCAAAAGAGGAGCCCGUCCAGCAAAUACAUGGAGGCAGAUCUGAACAGUAACGCUGCAGUAUUGAAGACAACGCAAGAGCUGGGUGAAAGGAAUGUCAUGAAGAGUGAAGAGCCUUCCGUAAACAAUAUCUCAGAUGGCAAAGAGAAAAUUAAGCCAGGAGAUGACGCGGGCAUGCCUGGGAUAGAAGAGAAUGACCCUGCUAAAGCGGAAGACAACCUCACUGCUUUGAAGAAGCCACUUGUUUCAACUUUUCAAAAGGAGCGACGGCAGGUCAAUGUGAAUCUUCCCACAGAACAACCUCACGCUUCUAACCUGGCUCAAGAUGCAGGAGCCCACCACGACGGAAAUGCUGAUGCCGUGGUAAAGCAGAUUCCACCAAACCCUCUUCACCACCUCUCGCCCGAUCAUGUCGUAGACAGUCAGAAAGCUGACAAAGAGGUCGUAAGGCAAGCUUCAAAGGACAGAGUCAGUGACUUCCAGAGGAUGAAGCAAAGCCGGUUCUUUGAUGAGAACGAGUCCCCCGCGGAUCCGCAGCAUGGGUCUAAACUGGCGGAUUAUAACGGGGAUGAUGGGAACGUGGGUGAGUACGAGGCAGACAAGCAGGCUGAGCUGGCUUACAAUGAGGAAGAGGAUGGUGAUGGUGGUGAAGAAGACGUCCAAGACGAUGAAGAGAGAGACUUUCAAAUGGAUAUUGCUGACUAUGGAAAGCAACACUUCAAUGAUGUCCUUUAAAUCCCCGAAUGGCCUUCGGCUGAGGAAUCCUGCAACAGAAAGGAAUGGAAUUAAUUCUUCCUAAUAUUUACUGUAAAAGACACUGAAAAUAGUAGUGUCAAGCUGCCCAAAAACAUAUGACAUUAAGUGAUGGAACACAGCGGUAGAAUACUGUAUAUAUGUGCAUAGUUGUAUUUUUUUUUGCAAAUUGUAUUAUUAGAAAUGGUUUCUCCUUCUACAGCAAGCCAGUUAAUACUCCAGUACUAUGGAGAAUCAAGUGCCCCUUAAGCGAAUUGAAAUCAGUGAGCUGACAAAUGCCUCACCACAAAGGGUCAGGCUGAAGGACUGUAGCUUUACUUGUACCCCUUAAGAUAACAACUGACAUUACAAAACAGUUUAGGCUAACAUGUUUAUGAAAAAAAGCAACUUUGUAAACUGGAAAACUUGUACAGUUUGUAUCUGACACAUUAACAACUUCAUUGCAGAAAUAAGUGUACAGAUGGGAACACCUUUUGAUACAGCGAUGUAUUCAUCCAUACAAACCAGUCGUUUCAUUUCAUUUCUCUUGCUGUUGUGGUUUGUAUUUUACAUUACAUUUGAAAGUUGACUGAAGAUGUGUUCUAUGUGUUUCUAAAGAUUCUUUCCUGAGUAUAUCAAGAAAGAUCUAUGUGACAGUGAAACUUAGUACAUUAAUCCUAUGUAAGAUAAUAUAGUUAACCAUAGAUGAAUGACUAAAAUUAUCCAUAGGGAAUCUGGCAAUAGUAUAGAUAUUUUUUAUAGAAUAUGUGCCAGAGUUUAAAUCGGUUAAAGUGCAGCCAGUAUUUCCAGCACGCAAGAGCCCUUCACCUCUGCUUUGACAGCAGUGGUUUUAGUCCCAAGCAACAGACAAACCUGUCGCAGUGACUAAAACUCCAAUUUUAAUGUGUUAUAAAAAUGACCCCCCCCCCCCCCCCCCCGCUGUCAGGCAAUGAAUGCCUUGUUGCAUUUCCAGCAUUGUAGAAGGGAUUGCUCAUCACAUUGGGCAUGUUCUUGUGGUUUUGUGUUUUUUUUGUCUUCUGAGCGUAAGGGUGUGUGUGUGUGUGUGUGUCUGUUAGCAGAUGGUUUAAAGCACUUUCUGAAGUUUGCAGAAAUGGUUAUGUCCACUUAUGCUACACUCCCAAGUGUCAGGUUAUUAACCCUAACUAGUUAUCAACAAGGGCUACUGUGAAUAGAAUUUAUAGGUCCUACGACAGGGUUGAUUGUACUUCACUAUUUCUGUACUCAGGUUAAAGUUCACCUCAGUAAGGUAAGGUUCACUAGUGCUCUUUUAAUGGAGAACUUGCAUUAAAUGAAAAGGCAAAGUCAGUUUGUGUACAUAUGUAUGCGAGAGAGUGAUCAUUCUUACAGUUUUAUUUCCAUGACACAAAACUGUCUAUAUUUUGCACAAAAGUUAAAGGCUAAAUCUUUUUAGAGGUGUUAUUUCCUUAACACCUCUGUGACCAUCGGUCUUCAGUAUUGUAUUUUGUGAUUUUACUGUGAUACUUUUGCCCCAAAUUAGCUGUAACUCUUAAGAGGAAUCUACCAAUGAAAUUCAAAAAUGAAUAAGUUCUAAUAAAAUUUAAUAACACUUUA